AUGCCAAAUACCUCCCUCCGCCGGCCCCAGAAGGGGUUCCGUGGCGGACGGGGCGGCAAGCAAUCCUACCACGGCGGCUCCAGGACACGAACCUUCACCUCCUCCACAAAUCGCGCUGAGGCGACAUCUGCCGACGAGAAAUGGGAGCGCACGCGCCUUGCCCACUCUAUAGAUGAGAACAUGGGCUUUGCGCGGUACGAGGCGGGCCGUCCUCGCGAGGGCUGGCUCGUCAACGUGCAGCCGACCUCUCUCGAGGACCCCCGCGUGCCGGGCGGCGGCGGCCGGGCCGCGCUCGACUGCUACUUCAUCGAGGAGGACGGCGCCACCUUCAAGGCGACGAUCGAGUACGAGCCGUACUUUCUCAUCGCGGUGCGGAAGGGCCGUGAGAUGGAGGUUGAGGAGUGGUGCAAGCGGGUUCCCGGCGGCGGCGUCGUGAAGAGCGUGAGGAGGGUCGAGAGGGAGGACCUGAAAAUGCCGAACCAUCUGCUGGGAUACAGGCGAACGUUCUUGGAGCUGAGGUUCGCGAACGUGAGCGACCUGCUGGCGGCUCGGAGGGACAUCAUGCCGCUGGCGGAGAGGAAUAAGAAGGGCAUGGACGCUAUGGAUACCUAUGCGGAGGUUGCUGCGGCAAGCAACGGCAAUUUUGACCUUUUUGACGACAACUCACGAGAUGACGACCGGCGACUCAAUACUUCUAUUUCCGAUGCCAGCGAUUUCAUUGUUGAUAUAAGAGAAUACGACGUUCCAUACUAUGUGAGAGUAAUGAUAGACAAAGGCAUCCGGGUGGGGAAAUGGUACUUUGUCGAAGCAAAGCAUGGCGUGACCACAAUGACAUGCAAUGAAGAGCAUCUCGCCAUGGCCGACCCUGUCGUCAUGGCCUACGAUAUUGAGACCUGCAAAGCACCGCUGAAAUUUCCCGAUGCUGCAGUCGACCAGAUCAUGAUGAUUUCGUACAUGAUCGAUGGACAGGGGUUUCUCAUUACCAAUCGGGAAGUGGUAUCAGAAGACAUCGCCGAUUUUGAGUAUACGCCCAAACCAGAAUACCCAGGACCCUUUAUGAUUUUCAACGAGCCGAACGAGCGCGCUGUCAUCGAGCGGUUCUUCAUGCACAUCAAGGAGGCAAGGCCCACUGUCAUCGCGACAUACAACGGUGACUUCUUCGAUUGGCCAUUCGUGGAGGCGAGAGCGAGCAUCAACGGCAUCGACAUGUACCACGAGAUCGGCUGGAAGAAGGACAGUGAGGACCAGUUCAAGUCAAACUACAGCGCCCACAUGGACUGUUUCCACUGGGUCAACCGAGACAGUUACCUCCCGCAGGGCAGUCGUGGCCUGAAGGCUGUCACGGUCGCGAAGCUUGGAUACGACCCUGACGAGCUUGAUCCGGAGUUGAUGACACCUUACGCUGCCGAGAGGCCACAGACACUGGCUGAGUACUCAGUGUCCGAUGCAGUGGCAACAUACUACCUAUACAUGAAAUAUGUGCACCCUUUUAUCUUCUCGCUGUGCACCAUCAUUCCACUAGGACCCGACGACACCGAACGAAAGGGUACUGGAACCCUUUGCGAGAUGUUGUUGAUGGUCCAGGCAUACACCCAUGAGAUCGUACUCCCGAAUAAGCAUGUGUCGCCCAAGGAAGCGUUCUGGGAAGGCCAUCUGCUUGAAUCCGAGACGUAUGUUGGUGGCCACGUCGAGAGUAUCGAGGCUGGUGUCUUCCGAGCGGACAUACCAGUCAAUUUUGCUGUGGACACUGGCGCAGUUGACGAGCUUAUCAAGGAUCUGGACAAUGCGUUGAAGUUCGUCAUCACGAUCGAGGAGAAGAAGAAGCUUGAAGAUGUGGAGAACUACGACGAGGUCAAGGCACAGAUCCUCGCGCGGCUGAACCAGCUGAAGGCAACCCCGAACAGGAGCGAGAGGCCUCUGAUCUACCAUUUGGAUGUCGCAUCCAUGUAUCCCAACAUCAUGACUACAAACAGGUUGCAGCCGGACUCUAUGAUACAGGAGUCAGAUUGUGCUGCCUGCGAUUUCAACAGACCCGGCAAGACUUGUGAUAGGAGAUUGCCAUGGGCGUGGAGAGGAGAAUAUCUUCCGGCGAAGCGAGACGAGUACAAUAUGAUCAGGCACGCCCUGGAGAAUGAGAGAUUCCCGGGCAAAUGGCCAAAUUCGCCGAUGCGAUCCUUUCAGGACCUAUCGGCAGAAGAGCAGGCGAAUCUCGUAAGGAAACGUCUGCAACUCUACUCGCAGAAGGUCUACCACAAGAUCCACGACUCAACAACCACCGUCAGAGAGGCUAUCAUCUGUCAACGGGAGAAUCCUUUCUACAUCAACACCGUGCGUGAUUUUCGCGACCGACGGUACGAUUACAAAGGCAAGGCCAAGGUAUGGAAGGGCAAGACGGAGUCUCUCAAGUCUUCGGGUGCCUCCGGUACAGACAUCGAUGCCGCCAAGAAGAUGAUCAUCCUGUUCGACUCUUUGCAGCUGGCGCACAAGGUCAUCCUCAAUUCCUUCUACGGCUAUGUCAUGCGAAAGGGGUCGAGAUGGUACUCCAUGGAGAUGGCUGGAGUUACCUGUUUGACGGGAGCUACCAUCAUCCAGCUGGCUCGGGGCCUCGUCGAACGGCUUGGCCGACCACUUGAGCUGGAUACAGAUGGUAUCUGGUGUAUGCUGCCAGCCACAUUUCCCGAGAACUUUGCAUUCAAGAUGAAGGGCGGCAAGAAGCUGACAAUCUCCUAUCCUUGUGUCAUGUUGAACCAUCUUGUCCACGACAAAUUCACCAAUCAUCAAUACCAGACUCUGGUGGACCAGAAGACCUUCAAAUACGAGACUCACAGCGACAACUCCAUCUUCUUCGAAGUUGACGGUCCGUACAAGGCGAUGGUCUUGCCCACCUCCAAAGAGGAGGACAAGAAUCUCAAGAAACGUUAUGCAGUGUUCAACGACGACGGCAGUCUCGCGGAGCUCAAAGGUUUCGAGGUCAAGCGGAGAGGAGAGCUGAAGCUCAUCAAGAUCUUCCAGCAGCAAAUCUUCAAGUUCUUCCUGGAAGGGUCCACGCUUGCCGAGUGUUACGCUGCCGUCGCCAAGGUUGCCAACCGCUGGCUGGACGUGCUCCAUAGUAAGGGUGUGACACUCGCGGACGAGGAACUCAUGGAGCUCAUUUCGGAGAACCGCAGCAUGUCCAAGACUCUUGAGGAGUACGGCACGCAGAAGUCGACGUCCAUCACUACUGCCAAGCGUCUGGCUGACUUCCUGGGCGAAGGCAUGAUCAAAGACAAGGGAUUGAACUGCAAGUUCAUUAUCUGCUCGAGACCCAAGAAUGCCCCCGUCACGGAACGUGCCGUUCCCGUGGCCAUCUUCUCGGCCGAGCCAGACGUCAAGCGGUUGUAUUUGGCGAAGUGGCUGAAGGAAGUGCCAACAGAUACGGACCCGAGGGCACUACUUGACUGGGACUACUACCUGGAGCGCCUGGGCUCCGUCAUCCAAAAACUGAUUACGAUUCCGGCAGCGCUUCAGAAAAUUCGCAACCCGGUGCCACGGGUGCCACAUCCUGACUGGCUGCAGAGAAGGAUCAAUAUCAAGGAUGACAAGAUGAAGCAAAAGAAGCUUACGGAUCUGUUCACCAGAGGUCCCCUCGAGGAUGUUACAAACAUCAAGAACAGAACCCUUGCAGAUCUAGAAGACUUUGGUACGCAGCUGCUGAAGCCCAAACCAGUCGCCGAGGUAGUCGCGGCUUCUCAAAAGGGACCUGCUGCGCAGAAGAGAAAAUCACCGGAGCCGGAAGAGAAUCUCGAUCCCUUUUCUACUCUACCCAAGGUCAAACCAAAUCCUUCCGAGGACUACGCUGCCUUCUUGGAGUAUCAGAAGAAGAAAUGGAAGAUCCAAAAGCAAGCCCGCAUCCGACGAAGGCAUCUUUUUGGUGCUCGACGUGCGCCCGAGAAUAACAUUCAACAGGCUUUCCGAGACCAAGCCGAGGUUACCUUCCGGAAUACCUGGCAGCUCCUCCAGCUUAGGCCAACAGACACGCCCGGGCUGGUGAUGGCGUACGUGCUCAUAGACAACAAGAUACACACCGUCAAAAUCAAAGUGCCCCGCCAGGUCUUCUUGAACCUGAAGAGUAAGGAUCUUCCGGAGAUUGAGAUUGAGGGCUGCGACGUCGAGCAAGUCAGCCACACACUGCCGAAUGGACACUCCUCAGUGCAUCUGUUCAAGCUGACGGUGCCUGAGGACGUCUACUUUGCCGAGUCGGAGAAAUUUUCGCUUCUCUUCAACCAUCCCAGUGUGGAGGGCGUGUAUGAGAGGCAGGUGCCGCUGAAUAUCCGCGCUGUGCUGCGGCUGGGAAACUUGUGCACCAUUGAUGAGAGCAAGCCUGGUGUACUGGGUCAAGGUCUGGAUCAAGGCUUCGAACUGCCAAGCCUGAUACGGCCGGCGAAGCCCAAGAUGUACCUCAGCGGAUCGAAGAUGGCGUUCAUCUACCUAUCGCAUAUCAGCUCCGGCGAGAGGCAGAUCUUUGGCAUUUUUUCCAGCACAGGCGAUGCAGCACAUGUCAUUACGUUGCACAAGAACAAAGAGAGCGGCCAGGACCUGCCCAACAUCACGAAGAUGUACUCGGAUCUACGAGCACGACAUGCAGAACAAGCUGCUGUCGACGGGUCUAACUGGAAAGAGUGCUUUCCGUACCAGGAGAAGUUGACCUUCAAGAUCACGCAGGUGACAACCCGACGCAAGGCCUUCCUUGAAAUUGGCGAUGUGGUCAAGAAAAUGAGAAAGGACGAGACCAAACCGCUUAUCAUGGUGAUUCAGUCAUCGCAGAGGAAUUUGCUGGUGCAUGACGUCCCAAUCCUGGGCGAGAUGCCUGUCUUGCCGCUCAAGUACAACGUCGACGACAGCUCGUUACCGCCUCUCGGAUGGCAAUCUGUCGUCGCAAAGCGGUUGAUCCAUCACUACCUUGGACUUGGACCGUGGAUACUGCAUCUUACUGCCCUGGCAAGGUACGCUGAUAUACCGCUUUGCAACCUCGAGCGGGAGGAUCCGCGCUUCUUGAUCGAUGUCGCAUAUGCGAGACGCCUACAGAGCAACAAUGUAGUUCUAUGGUGGUCUGCUGGGCCUCGCCCUGACCAUGCUGGAUAUGAGGAGGACGAUAUCACCGGUUCUUUGGAGACGGUGCAGAUGCCCUCGGUCAAUACUCCUGGCACGUACUCGUCUGUUUGUAUCGAUCUCGACGUCAAGAACCUGGCCAUCAACACGAUUCUCACAUCGUCACUCAUCAACGAACUAGAAGGCGCAGACUCCGUGGCCCUCAAUCCUGCUGGUGACGGAACGGGCGGAGAAGGCACAGAGGUGCUAUCUUCGGACAAUGCCUUCGCCAACGCAGGCAUUCAGGUCCUUCGGGAGAUGGUCAAGGGCUGGUGGGCAGAGGCAUGCAGGGGCAACGAGAUGGCGGAUGUCAUGGUUCAGCACCUUGUUCGAUGGGUUGAGAACCCGGACUCCUUCCUUUAUGACCGUGCUCUGCAUUACUACGUGCAGAUGAUGUCGCGCAAGGCUUUCCAACAACUUAUGGCAGACUUUCGACGUGUGGGUUCACAGGUCAUCUUUGCAAACGCCAAUCGGUUGUUGCUGCAAACAACCAAGGCGGAAAUAGGGAACGCCUAUGCAUACAGCCAGUAUAUCCUCAAGUCGAUCAAGGGUAAGCCGCUGUUCCACUUCAUUGACCUGGAGAUCAAGGAGUAUUGGGACUACCUCGUCUGGUACGACGAGUUCAACUAUGGCGGCAAGGCUACGCAACAGAUCAUCGAGGCCGAGACACAAAAGCUCGAGACAAUCAUGCACUGGCAAAUGUCGACCUUCCUGCCUGUCCGGCUGCAACCCACCUUCGCCGACUGGGUCAUUGAAUUCAUCACCCUCAUGCACAACCUCAAGCGUCCCAUGUUCGGCUCUGAUCCUAAUUCAACACCGCGUCUCACUCAGCUCCCUCACAACCGCGACAGCCAAGAUGACGAGUUUACGGGUGGCAUCAUCCUUGACAAGGCUUAUGAGAAGCCCCUCAGGCGUGAUAUCCAGGGUCUGCUGGCGACACAGAAGCGCGAGCUGUUACACCCGGAACUUGCAGUUGAUUAUACCUUCCCCACGCUCCCAGGCUCGCACCUGAACCUCAGCCACAGCAACGCGGUCCUUGAGCUUGUCAAGAUGCUCAUGCAAAUCCUGUCACUCGACAAGAACAUCGUCACCGACGCUCGGCAUAUCCGGAAAGACCUGCUCGCGCUGUUCGAUGUGCGCGAGUUCAGCAAGGAAGGGGCAUUCCAGAACCCAUCCGAGUCUCUCAAGCUGGCACAGGUCAGCUGCGAGAACUGCACGAUGGCACGGGACCUCGAUUUCUGCCGCGACGAGGACCUCCUGCCCUCCCCUGACAACCCGAACGAGCCGGUCGCGUGGAAGUGCACGUUCUGCGAAGCAGACUAUAACCGUAACGACCUGGAGGAGAGGCUUGUUGCUAAUAUCGAGGCCUUCGUGGCGAGCUGGGCGUGCCAGGACCUCAAGUGCGCCAAGUGCGGUGCCCUGCGGGUCAACGAGUUCAUGGAACACUGUGUCUGCUCGGGGAGCUGGGUGGAAAGUAUAAGGCGGGACGAGGUGUUGAGGCGGUUGAAAGUGUAUCGGAACGUGGCCAAGUGUUUUGGGUUGAGGAUGCUGGGAGAUGUUGUUGAGGAGGUUUUUGGUGAUCUCUAG